AUGGACCAUAUCUUGGCAUUUUCCCUCGCGUCGCCCCAGACCUCAAUUUAUCCCGCGGAAUUCUCGCUUCCACCAACCGGCCAACUGCACUUUCCAUUUUCACCCUCUCAGCUCCAGGACAAGGAACUGACAAUGGGCGACUUCAAGAAAUACCUGGAGUCUUCUGUCAUUGAUGAACAUGAGAUUGUAGGAUUUAUUUUUUUCAUUUAUUUUUGUAUUUUUCCCCACAUUCUCGAGUGCGCUGCAUGCUAACAUAACAGCACGGGAAUUUUAAAGGUCACUUACCGCAUCCUAGCGCGCAGACUCGAAGUGCAUGUCAACGUCGCGAAGCAGAUGCUCUACGAAUUCCACAGGUGUCACAAGAAGCAGGAUGAUAGUAUCUACGCUACCUACAUUAUAACCGGCGAGCGGAAGGAGGUGAUCAAAGAGGUCGGGGACGAUGAGGAUGAGGAUGAGGAUAUGAGUGGGAGUCCCUUCGAGAUUACGCCGAGGGAGGUGAGGUUUAGGUAUCAGAAGGUUGUCAAGUUGGUCGGUGAAGAGAAGCUUGAGGGUUUGUUUUCACCUGCUCUUCCUGUUAAUAGUUCGGGGUGUGAGUAGGUGGCUAACGUGGAGAGAAUUUUAGAAGUUAAAGCGGAAAUCGAAAACGUCAAGACUGUUCAUGUUUACAGCCUUGGACCUAGCAGGAUUAAGGAUUUGAGUGUGUUGUCGGCUUGCUCUGAGAGGGUUCGCUCGGAAUUCGUUUACAAGGAUGAACAGGCUGCGGGCAAAGUCUACGGCAUGAUACUUAAUCAUCUAGCGACUGUGGGUCUCUUCUCCGUGCCACCAAGUUGGAUUUGUGCUCACCGGGUGGUAGAAAACCCCAAAACCUGUCAGACCACCAGCCAGACCGCAUGCCGUGGCUGGUCCGUCAGCGUCAAGGACGAACGAGAAGACUGAGGCAAAGGAGGGGCCUGGCGCCAAGUCGAAGCUGGGUACGGGGACUAAGGUGAAACAGGAACCUAAGACCAAAACAGAGAAGAAGCCCGCACCUACUCAGAUGAAGCGUUCUCAAUCGGCGGUUAAACCCGCACUGAAGAAACAGAGUUCUUCCAAUCUACUUACUUCAUGGGGUAAUGCUGCCAAUAAGAAGGCGGGAUCCAAUUCUUCUUCAACCGCGCAUAGCCCUAAAACCGAGGAAGGUCGCUUAUAUCCAUGUUCUAUCAUCGCCGUAACGGACGCUAACUGGUGAUUUUAGGCCUGGUUGGGAUGGAUCUUGAUAGCGAUGAGGAUGAGGAUGAUCUUGAACCAGCCCUCCUUAGAGACGCCGCUGAAGAUGCUAGAAAAAGGAGGGAGAAAUAUGAGGAACUUGAUAAGAUGAUGGAGAUGAGUGAUGAUGAAGGUAUGAUUUGCGCUCGCCAGCUUGGUGGUCUGGUGGAUCCUAAUAACUGGCAGAUGUUAAACCCAAACCCAGGAGAGUAAGGGAAGAAGUGAGCGAGGGAGAGCAAGAAGAGGCGGAAGAAGUUCAUGAACCGCUAGAGAAGAAGCCCAUUGAACUCCCUACUGGCAGUGUUGUGAACGUUGUCACCGAAGGCGGGAGAAGGCGCGGGAGGAGAAAGGUCAAUAAGAAGGUCCAAGUUAAGGACGAGGAUGGGUAUCUUGGUAAGUAUUUGUCCUGUUAUCCACUAUCCCACUUAGACUGACAGUCAUUUACAGUUACAAAGCUCGAACCUGGGUGGGAAUCCUUUUCGGAGGAGGAGCCCGUGCCAAAACCUAAGCCAAAACCCAAGCCUGCCCCAAAGGGUAAAAAGAAAAACGCAGGACCCAUGACUGGGCAAGGGAGUAUCAAUUCUUACUUUUUCAAAAAAUAAUCUACAUGGCUUGUUGCAAUGCGCUCUUCCACCAAUAUUAUACCCGCUGUCGCCGACCUAUAUUCUGAGGAACUGCUGGCUGGAACUCGGUGAAAUGGGAAGCUCGCCCCCUGUUGCUGCAUUUGGAAUGAUUUUUGCACAUUUCCGGGUUUACGUUUUGCUAGACUUUCAAUGUUCGGGGUGGUCAGAGGGUAACGGGAGUUUGUUGGCGGGUUGUACCCUAGAGAUUCACGUAGCUAACUAAUGAUAUGAUCAUGUGGCAUCACUCGGCUAUUUAUUAUGGCUGUGGGGGAUGUUGGUGUGAGCAG